AUGAUGAUGGAGGUGGUGGUUGCCCUGCGGCUGCUCACUAUUCAUGUUCUCGCCGCACUCUUACUGGUGCUGUGGUCGUUACCUCUCGCAGAAGGGCCGUGGCCGCUGAGUGUGCAGGCUGCACGCCGUUCCACCGAUGCGCACGCCGAAAGGCCCAGCAUACAUCCCCGCAAGUACUACCUUGGUAAGUAUGGCACACGCUGCAUCCGAAACUUGACGGGGCUCGUCGUGUCCGAGGACGCUGCAGAGCGCCUCGCCUGCUUCUCUGGCCGUGGCGUCCGCGUGGCAGUGCUCGACACUGGUUUGUGUGCCGGCAUCACUGAGAGCAGCCGUAACUCCGUUACCUGCACCAGUGUCGUGCCUGGCGUGGCGUGCGAAGAUGCCGGGUGCGCUCACGGGACGCGCAGUGUGAGCGUGCUGGCGGGACAGCUCUCUGUGUCGACGCCGCUGCCUAGAGAAUCACUUAAGGAGACUGCGUGGCGCAACAGAGAAACACACCUCGCCUUGGCUGAUCAGUUCAUCGGACUCGCCCCCGACUCCACGGUGCGCGUGUUGCGUAUCUUCGACAGACAAGGGCGCACAAACCGACGCCACCUCGCCCGCGCCCUCGACCUGCUGCUGCGUGAGGCGGAGGACGGCGAAGCAGGUCGCCUGCACAGUACGUGGAACACAUCCAGUGCGCACAUCCGCCGCCGCGACGAGACCGUGGAUGUGAUUAGCCUGUCCUAUGGCAGCAAAGACUACCACAGUAGCCCGCAGGUGCAGGACAGGUUGUACCGGCUGAUGCAUGAGCACGGCGUCAUCGUCGUGGCGGCCGCUGGCAACGACGGAGUGCGCUUCGGCAGCGUGCGAAGCCCGGCGGACAUGCCUGGUGUGUUGGCCAUCGGUGCCCUUAGGGUGGAAGGGCACAGCAGGUCGGCACAGACAACGCAGGCGUCACGCACUCUCGGCAACUUGGCGGGCUCCCUUGCCGCCGGUGGCGGUCACAAGUCUGUUGCACAUUUCUCUGGGCGUGGCCCUACCACAUGGGAGUUGCCCUUCGGCGCAGGACGUGCAAAGCCGGAUCUCGUCGCUCUCGGCCAACACGUGUGGGCUGUCCAAGGCGUUUCGGCGGCGGCAUUCUCCGCUGCGGCGCCACGGGCACGUAGUGCUUCAUCUGCGCUGCAGCUGCGCUCCGCGUCUGGGACGAGUAUUGCCGCCCCUAUCGUGGCCGGAGUCGUGGCGCUCUGUCUCGAGGCGGCAUGGUCGUCUACGUCCGCUGUAGCAUCAGCACAGAACAUCACCGGAGGCGGUUCUGUCCUUGACGUGCGUCAGAAUCGACUCUCUCGUGUUUCCCAUUCACUGCGCGUGCGUGAGGCGAUCUUGCGGACGGCCGUUCCUCUAGAAGAAGCCGCCGCAUCACUGCCGACAUGGCCUCGCCCCGCACCCACCACGCCUUUGCACAGCGACUCCUCCUCGACGGCGUCAGCAGCGCAUCCUCGCCGAGUGCUGGCUGGUGUGCCACUGCUAGAGCUUUAUGCUGGCUACCUUCGCCUUUCGCGAGUCAGCAUUCUCUCGCAAGGAGCGGGCGAGGUGCAGCCGCUCCGCGCGCUGCACGCCAUCGUCGCGAAGGCAGCUGCAUCCUCGGCCAUCGAUGCACCGGAGGCGUUGCGCAGCUGCGCCUCUUUCGCCAUACCAACAUGUGUGCGCAUCGGCUAUCGGAUUCCACGUUGCAGCAGCAACAGCGGGGACAUGAGCACCUCGCAGAGCUGUCAACCUCCUCAUGAUCCUGACGGAAAGGCACACGGCGACUCGCGGUUGCCGGGUAGACCCGGCAUGUCCCGUGCCGCACCGCCCGCCGCGUACUGGUGGCCCUUCUCCGACCAAGCCGUCUACCCCGGCGCCACACCCGUGCUACUGAACAUUUCUCUCCACCUCUGCCCCCCUUCUUCGUCAGCUGCUACGGAUCAAGGUGCGCGUGACGCUGCCGCUGCAGCUAGUGGCGAAGCUGCACGUCGAGGGUCAACGACGCAUGACCACGUCACGUACGUAAUCACCAAGGUAAGCGGGCGCCUGCGUGCGCGUGAAGGUCAUCCAUCACGGAACAGCAGUCACCAGAAUGACGCCUGUCCUCUCCUCCUCUUUGAGGGCGCGGAGAACCGCCACCGUGUGGGCUCGACAAGCCCGACGCGGCUUCUGAACUUGACGGCACGGAGCGCCUCUCCCCCCGCAGCAUGCACUGACGGGGAGGUGGUCGGGGGGGAGGCCACGGUGACAGGGCCGCGACACACACAAGCAGGCGUGUGCUCAUUUGCGAAGCGGCGGAGCACGCAGCAACGGUGGAUGCAGCACCUUCUUCGCGUGGCGACCGAGCUCACGGUGGUGGCGAGCAGAUCGCCGACGCGCGCGAACGUUGUAGAGCAGCUGUCGCCGCCACCGACAUCCUUCAGCCUCUCCGUCGCCGUCUCUUCCCCUGCGUCCGCCCACACGCAUCUUUGCUACGACGUGGCGCGCGAGACAGUGGCGGUGUGGCGGAAGAAGGGCAAGAGAUCGCCGCCCAGUGUGAAGGGCGCGGCGGCUAGCUGGCGCUCCGCCGACAAUAACGAUGGGCACGACAAGCAGCAUACAAAGGACGGUGCGCAGGUGCCAGCAGACCGCGAUCGUUGCGUUCCACUUUUUCACCUGUUUCGCAUGCUGAGCGUGGAAGGCGCGCUGCACAUCUUCACUGGCGGCUCAUCCUCGCAGCCCACACUGACAGUGCCGUUCGCUGUUUGCGUCGUGGAGCCGCCGCCCCGGGUGCAGCGGGUGCUGAUCGACACGAGCCUUGACUGGUUCAACCCCACGACAGCCACCUCGAAUUUGUUCAUCGCCGGCGACGACCCACACGAGUCGGACACUGACGGCGUAGACGCAGCACUGCGGCGCGGACGACAGCGUCAGCGUCACGAACGCGCCUACGCCGAGGCGAGUGGCGGCGAUCACCCGUACACAAACCUCGCUCUGCUAUACCUCUACCUGCGCCACACACUUGGAAUGGCAGUGGAGACGUUCCCGCUACUGCACAUGAGCACGAUAACCACCUCGAUCGCAGCUAACGGUAGCUCACCGCUCUGGCCCCCUGCAGAGCACACCUUCAACGCCUCCCACGCUGCCCAGAGGGCACCCGCAGGCGCUCUGGCACACGUCGGCACGCUGAUCAUCGUCGACCCGGAGCGGCCGCUGACACACGGUAUGCGGCGUCUCCUAACGCGUGCGGUGCUCGGCGGCGGCGCGGAUCGCUCAGCGGACGGCCUCGACGUUCUUUUGGUGACGGACUGGUACAGCGCCGAUCUGGCCGCGCAGCUGCACUGGGCGCGCGACAAAAGCUUGGACAACGCGGAGCGCUCCUCCCGCAUCAGCGGCACCGACGCGGCGGACGAGGUGGCCGGUGUCGACGGCGACAGGGACGCUGUGCGCGAGUUGCGGGCGCUCAGACAAUUGGAAAAUGGCUCUACUCGCGGCCUCGCCGGCUCCAGUCACGUGCCGUCGUGGAACCGUUGGCUGUCAGAGGUGACGGUCGCGUCGGGCAGUGCGGCCAACAGCAACGAUUGCAAUGGCGCAGCCCCUCUGGGCAGCGAGGGACUUCUAGACGGAAAGUCUGAGUUGCCGUUUGAGCUGAGCGAGAACAUCGUGAUAGACGGCGUUGUGGUGGUCGACGCUGCCGCCCCGACAGGGAGGAGCGAGCCUGGGGGCAACGCAUCCGCCUCGCACGGCGGCACCAUCACCUCGGCAAAGGUGGUCGCUCUCCGCUCUCUUGGGCAGCUGAACGCAGCUGGCGUGCUGCGAUGGCGUCUCCCUGCGCAGGCAGCAGCGCAGCGGCAGGCAGGGAGAGCUGCCGCGGUCGGAGCUUCUAAAGGGGUACAUGAGUCCAACGUUCACUCAAGUGGUCACGGCACCUGCCGCAUCGGUCACGCAUCGAACACCUCAGCCGUGCCUUCAACGCAAGAGGGUGAAGCUGUGAUAUGCAACGUCAUGCCAGGCUGGGUGCAGCAGCAGCGGCGCCUCGUAAAGCGCACCAUCGUCAGCACACGAGACAGCUCGGCGCCGGCGGCUGUGGUUGAAGACGGCUGGGAAGAUGUGCCUGUCGCAAAGGGAGACGAACGUCUGGUCCGCAUCGGCGGACUGGAGGCGGUCGACGUCAGCACAGUGGCGCCAGCAGCAACGGACGCAAGCGAAGCCAUACAGAGUCUGACGCAUGGUGUGCUGGGCUUCCUCACGCUUCCCCCAUCUUCCACACACGUUGUCACCGCGUCCGCCAACCGCUUCCGGCCUGGGCGCAUAGCGAUCUUCACGGACUCGGACUGCCUGUCGACCUCGAACCACCACGCGCAAGCAGCCCUGGAUGAGUUGGAAGCUCUUCUCUACCCGCCAUCCACGUCGCCAUCGUCACCUGUGACGACCUGUGCAACGUGGGACUGCUUGGCACGCACUCCCGACGGGCAACGACUGCUCCAAGCAGAGUCGGCGCAGAGCUCCGUGUGCGUCGAAGUGGUGAAGGAGCUGCUGCUGUGGCUGCACACGGGAAACCUGCACCGCUGGUGGGACUCCGCCCAGCUCCAGUGUGAGGCGCGUAGGUGGGCACGAGCGCGGCAUCGGAGCACGGCGGACACCACCCCCGGCGCAGAUAGCGUGGGCGUUGAUCGCAAAGCCGCGAACUUCGACGAGGUGCUCGGAACGGCGCCAGAGCGCGCGCACGUCGGCGAGGUGGUGGGGCGGUUAUGGGCUUCUUUGGUGGAAAGCACAGAGCGCGAUGCAGCGUCGUUCCUUGUCGAAGGUCCGGAAGACGAGACCCGCUUUCAACGCGACUACGCAGCCCAUCAGGAGCGCACCGCAGCUAACGUGAUGCGCGCCUUGAUGGUGAACUACCAUGGAGACUGGCGUGCGCAUCUGCUAGACCAUAAUGUGUCGCUGUCAAGCACCGGCGCCGCCGGCGACUCGUUCUCACAAUCUCUACGCCCCGCGAGUGGCCGGCGGAGCGGCAUUGCGACCGCGCAGCAGCCAGAGGAGCAUGUCUCCUUGAUAGAGAGUUUGCUGCCGCUGCGAGGCAUGCUCAACGCCCUGCGGUGGCUGCAGCAUCCGAUGGUGCUGGGUCAACUCAUGGUUAGUGCAGCUGUCGUGAUGAGCGUGUGGUUGUGCCGUGCAGGGGGGUAG